UACAGGUGGUUAUGGUGCACUAUUCCAGCGCCUUGAGCCUGCUCGCGAGAGCUGUGCUCCUUCACGUACACUCCUUCCGGGCCCCGAAGCGCAAGCAAGUGGCAAGGCGUGCCGUCCUGAUGUGCCUCGGAGCCAACCUCGCCUUCUACGCUUUUCACUGCAUCUAUCACGAAGAUUUCUAUUUCCGGACCUGGCUCGGAGGGGCCCAGUUCGUCACUGGUCUGCUGCCGACCCUGCUGAUUAGCGCGAUACAGGACUCGUUCACCUGCAUAGUGACCGCGAGCGUGGACUCUUUGGCGGGCGUCGCUGACGGAGUGCGGGAGUUCGUCAACACGCUCCUGCACCGGCGCGGACCUGUCACGAGGCCCCGCGAACUAGACGAGCUCGGCGGCGAGCAGAGCGACGCCCGUGCGCCGGCACGCGCCGGCCUGCGUGCGCUCCGGGUGCGCUACCAGUGCGUGCAUGACGUCGUGCUCGCCACCAACUGGCUGUACGGCUGGUGCAACCUGGUCAUCUGCAGCUUCUCGCUCCUGCGGGGAGUCACGUUCCUGUACUGCGGCGUGAUCCUCACGAUGGCGCGCGCCGCCAUGCUGGGGGACGUCGGGGAAGAUUUUGACGUAGCCUUUGACGCAGCGGAUGGAGUCUUUUUCCUGUUCUGGGGCACCGUCCUGAUCGGCAAACUCCUAUUCAUCUGCGCCAUUGGAGAACAGAUGAGCUCUGAGAGUUCUAGGAUUUCGGACGCCUUGCAGGCAGGGAUAACUCGCUGCCCAGACAUGGAUCCUUCAGUCAAAAGAGAAAUUCAGUGGUUUAUCUGCCAGACACAAAGACAGAAGAUUCGAUUUGGUGCUUUCGAUCUCUUUUAUUUUGACUUGAGAACUAUGAAUAGGAUUAUUGCUUCCGGUAUGACAUACAUCGUCGUUUUAGUCCAAUUCUCAGCAAUUGCAGCUCACGGACGUGGCCAACUAAAAGAACAAUCAAAUAAAACUGUGUGAUCGUAUUUUUUUCAAGAAAUUUC